AUGUCCACCAUCACCACAACAACAACAACCACCACCACUGCAGCAGCAGCAGCAGCAUCAUCGUCAUGCCACGCAAAGCUCUACGAAAUCCCAACCACAGAUGCCGCAUGCGCCAUGCCCAUGAACAGCACCUACCACACCCUAAUGACGAACUGCUGCGGCGCCGCCAGCGUUAUCUCCUACUCGGACUGCGACUACUACUGUCUCGCGCAGAACCAAACCAUUGGCAACCUAGCGGAGUGUCUGAUUAAGGGCUCUGCGGCGGGACAGGUGUGGUGUAAUACAAAUGAGAAUGCAACGGCUACGGGAACUGCGAGUGCGACUGCAAGCGCAACGGGAAAUGAAAAGCUUGACCCGAUAGGAUCGAAUGGUGUGAUGACUUCGAGUUUGGCUACCAUGGAUGUAUUGAUGCUGGUGCUUGUGGCGUUUGGUGGAAUUGCGCAGCCGGUUGUCAGUUGGAAACAAUACUGCCUAAACCUGUCCUAG